AUGGCACCAAGGAAGAACGCGCAGUCCACUGCGGCUGAGGUGUCGCUCGUACACCUCAAGAACUGUCUUGUCAACCUCCCGCCGAAUCUAGUGUCUCUGCUAGUCAACGUCAACACGCCUGCGCAGAAUGUCGUUGUCGAGCUCAGCUUCCGGGCCACUGGCGGCGCGCAAGCUGGGUCCCAGCAACGCUCCGUCUUUGUAGGAUGGACCGGCAUGCCGAGCAAACGAAAAGCCGCCGCGCCUGUGGGACGGGAUGGGAUCAAUGGAGCAAGGGGCUCGUCACGGGAUCAGGAUUCUCCGCUGGUUGAGAUGGACGCGACAUUGGCGGUAUCGCUGGGUCUGCUCGACGGUCAGCGGGUCAUGGCUACUGUCCACGUCGACCCGCCCUUGGCGCACACCAUCAACAUCGAGCCCUUGACUCCAGAAGACUGGGAGAUUAUCGAACUCCACGCGACAUUCCUCGAGCUUAACUUGCAAUCGCAGGUGCGCGCGCUACCGAACCCAACACACGCCUCGGACGGAAUACCGAUACCCCCGCACACACUUACACUCCACUUGUCGCCGACAUCAACAGCAAACAUCAAGGUGGUGUCGCUCGACCCUGCGCCAGCGGCUGACGUUCCCUUUGUCAAGCUGUCUCCCAAUGCGGAAGUCAUCGUGGCGCCAAAGGUACGAGCCAAGAGCCACGAAGGCAUGGGUGAUCACCGCAGCGUCGCUAGCACCUCCAAGUCACGUCGUAGCGGCGGUAGCACUGUUCGAAGGAGGGGGGCUCGGGAAGAGAGCAAGCCUGCCUUGUUUUUCCGCGGAGUGGACCGCUCCGUAUUGGCUGAGUGGUUCGAUGUGGAUGCUCCUGUGCAAGACACGAGUGUGUGGAUUGAUAGUGACAUCGUACGCUCGGGUGCUCUCAAGGACGUCAACUAUGUUGUUGUGGAUAUCAUGAGGCCUGCCGGCCUGCAAAAGGCGCAACCUGAGGACGAAGCUGCUGCUGCUGCCACGCCGACGUCAUCCAAGAUUGUGGCACAUCUGAGACCGUGGGAGGAACCGCCCAACGGCCAGACGAUAGCACUGUCCUCGGCGCUCUGCGCAGCUGUCGGAUGCUCAGGCUUGGUUGGAGGUGUCGUCAAGAUUCAGCCCGCCCCCCAACAGCUCACCACAGCGCAGGUGCAGCAAAUAAUGGUGUAUCCCUUCGCCGCGACGUUGCAGGGCCAGGGCGGCCUCAAGUUCGGGGGCGAAUCCAAGGCGGAGAAAGAAGAGUCUGUCAAGCAACUCAAGAAUAUCUACUCGGGGUCGUCCGCCGCAGCUCCAGGCUUGCUUCAGGGCCCACUCACGGAUGGUGCUAUUCUUGGCGUCUUUGAUGGGUUGGAAGCACCCACCGGCUGGGAGGGCGGCCUCGUCAAGUUCGUCUACGGAUCAGACUUUUCCACGCAGGACGUGAGCAAAGACACAGUCCACUGGCUGCUCGGCCUUGACAGCAAAACCCCCAUAGAAUUCCAGCAACCUGUGCCGAGGCCGCCCUCUAUCAAAACGGAUACGGAACUACACGACCUGCAGCCGUCACACGACUCCAUUCUUGUGGGCAUCGACUCACUCUUGAGCAGCGUCCAGAAGCAACUCUCACACAUGUCAUCCCUGCUCCUUACGGGUGGCAUGGGGUCUGGAAAAACGUCUGUGGCCAAGUACGUCGCGCAGAGGCUGCGGGAGGACGGACUAUUCUAUACUGUCUACUUCCCUUGCCGCAAGCUGGUGACGGACGAAACUCGAAUAUCGACUAUCAAAGACACGCUAAACCAUAUUUUCAUGUCUGCAAGCUGGGGCGCCAGAUUAGGUGGCAAGGCCAUUGUCGUCCUCGACGACAUGGAUAAGCUGUGCCCGGUGGAGACGGAGUUGCAGGUCGGCAAUGACAAUGGGAGGAGCCGGCAGGUCAGUGAGACAAUCUGCUCCGUAGUGAGGCAGUACUGCACAGCCGAGAAGGGCGUUGUGCUCCUUGGAACGGCGGAGGGCAAGGAUUCUCUCAACAACGUCGUCGUUGGCGGACAUGUGGUACGGGACUUUAUCGAGCUCGCAGCACCUGAUAAAGAGGUGCGGCGCCGGAUCAUGGAGUCGAUUGUCAUGAAGGACGCUGCCCGGGCAGUUGAUGAUGACGCAUACUUCUACCGCCCCGGUACCAGCGAAGGCAGCCGUCCAACCACGGCCGAUGGUAGCAGCGGUGCGGGUGCUAACAGCGGCGCUUGGAUGGGUGGCAGCGAAGCCAGCUUCGAUGCUUCACCCAGGAAGAAGAAUGGAGGUUUUCUCCUGGAGGAUGAUGUCGAUUUUCUCGACAUUGCAGGGACCACAGACGGCUACAUGCCGGGCGACUUGGCUGUGUAUGUGUCGCGGGCCAGGAAUGAGGCCAUCAUUCGCUCGCUUGACUCUGACCGAGCCGACUCGAGCGACCGUCCAGUGCCCCUGGGACGAGCCGACUUUGACAAGGCGCUCCAGGGCUUCACGCCGGCUUCCCUGCGCAACGUGUCACUGCAGAGCUCGACGACGACGUUCAAGUCCAUCGGAGGUCUGAAGGAGACGCGCAAGGUGCUCCUCGAGACACUGCAGUACCCGACCAAGUACGCCCCCAUCUUCGCGCAGUGCCCUCUACGACUACGAUCCGGUCUCCUACUCUACGGCUAUCCCGGCUGCGGAAAGACGCUCCUUGCGAGCGCCGUGGCGGGCGAGUGCGGGCUCAACUUCAUAAGCGUCAAGGGUCCCGAGAUCCUCAACAAGUACAUCGGUGCGUCGGAGAAGAGCGUGCGUGACCUAUUUGACCGGGCGCAGGCGGCCAAGCCGUGCGUUCUCUUCUUUGACGAGUUCGACUCGAUCGCUCCCAAGCGAGGCCACGAUUCGACAGGUGUGACGGACCGCGUGGUCAACCAGCUCCUCACGCAGAUGGACGGUGCCGAGGGUCUCUCGGGUGUCUAUGUGCUGGCAGCCACUUCACGCCCUGACCUCAUUGACCCUGCGCUUCUGCGUCCCGGUCGUCUUGACAAGUCUCUGCUAUGCGACUUGCCCUCAGCGGAGGACAGGCUUGAUAUCCUCCAGGCUCUUCUUCAGAAGGUCAGGCUGGACGGCGACGUCGGCGAUGUGCUUGCCGACGUGGCUCAGCGCACAGAGGGCUACUCCGGCGCGGACAUCCAGGCUCUCGUGUCCAACUCACAGCUCGAGGCCAUACAUGACGCCAUUGACAACAAGACGCCAGCCGCUGCCAACAACAAUACCACGAAACGUUCGACCGCCGCUUCUGGGAGACCGGCGUCGUCGUCGUCCAAUUUCGUACAAUUCCACUAUGGGGCCAACACAGCUACCGACCUUGUGGCACCCAAGAGCAAGGCUGCCUCGGCCGUGGAAAGGGCAGCCAUCAUAUCCAAACUCGAAGGCAUGAAGCUAGCCCGUCGCAGGGCCAGGGAACCCACCAACCCUGACGUCGGCGGCGGUAACAAGGGAGCGGUCGACAGCAAAGAGGUGGUCGUGCGCCCCGAGCACAUCGAGAGGGCUCUCAGCUCGACUAGGGCGAGCAUCAGUCGUGACGAGCUCACAAGGCUCCGCAGGAUCUACCACGAGUUCGUCGUAGGGCGAAGCGGGCAGCUGAAGGACGGGCAGGGCAGCAUGGAGAUUGGAGGACGUAGUAGUCUGAUGUAG